AUGAGCCCCGAGAUUGGGGACCUUAUUGAUGACCUCCAAAAAUUGCGCCACAUUGUACAGCGUCAGAAGGCCGAGGUCGCGAGACGUGAAGGAGUGCCUUCAAACGCUCUCCUGACCAGUACAGAAGAUAGCAAUGCGGUAGCGCACCCGGUGGCGACCUUUACCGAUUCUGAGCCCUCCAGACUUCCAGUCAACCGAAAAGUGGCUGAGUGCUCUAGUCCACCUGCAUAUCGUGGGUUCUCUUCAGUUAUUCAUAUCUCUCGCGAGCGCACCUGCAAUUCCGCCCGGUCUUCAGCACCUCAGACUGAUUUACACACGCGCAGUCGGAAAGUCGCUCAUCCCACCUUGGCUAGGUCUGGAGGCAUGGUCACUACCAGUGACUGGCGGUUGGGUAGUCAGCUCAUCCAGAAGUUCUUUGGUAGCAAAAUUGAACAGUCACCGACCCAAUCAGUGGAUCAAACCCAGCAUCUUAGUAACAAACUUUUAUGGUUUCCUGUCUCCCUUGAAGAAUCUGAUCGCCUGGUAUCUCCCAACUCCCGGUCAUUGCUCCAUCAAGUGGAUGUCAAGGUCACGGAAGAAGAGCCCAGAACGGCGAGCGCUAAAGACACUAAUGACGGAGAAACCGCGAUCAGCAACUCCCAAAUCCUAAACGACGGCCCUCGAGUCGGCUCCACGAUGCACUCUCUCGAGGAAGAUGUUGCAAACGCCGACGCACCUAGUCUGGUUGGACAAAAGCGCCCUGCUGGUAUGUCAGUGACCACUAUAAAUAAAUGGAUAUCGCCUUCACCGUCUCCCGAAGAGGUGCACAUUCUUGGACUGAGUUGUAUUUAUAUUGACGUUUCUAAAAUACGCCUUCACCUUCCGAGUGCAGGGCUCACUUUUCCACAGCCAUUGUAUUAA